AUGUGGACCUGUAUGGACUGGGCCAGGGUGGGGGAGCAACUUUGUCGUCGGUCAAUCCGCGCGCGCAACGUCAGAGCCAGAAACAUCACAACCAGCCCAGAAACAUGUCGGAACCAGCAGAGCAGGGUCAACAAAGUGCGUCAGAGGUGUUGUCAAAGCUCAAGUCUAGCAAACAGAGAAACUGACAGUACUUACUUGCCAGUCGACCUCGGAUCCCUCUCGGUACAACAACUCUCCCAAGUCAAGAAACAGCUCGAUGAAGAGACCCAACACCUGACAAACUCGUACGCCCAACUGCGCGCCGCCCAGCAAAAGUUCCGCGACUGCAUUGCCUCCAUCAUCGCCGGUGUCGCAAACUCGGUUGCCGACAAGCCGCUGCUGGUCCCCUUGACCUCUUCCCUCUACGUCCCUGGCACAUUGGCAAGCACCGAGACCGUUCUGGUAGACGUCGGAACCGGCUUCUACGUCGAAAAGACCACCGAGCAGGCAAAGAAGUUUUACGAGGCAAAGGCCGAAGAGCUGGGAAAGAAUGUCAAGGAUCUCGAGACCAUUGUCCAGGGCAAGAACCAGAACUUGAGAUUGAUCGAAGAAGGUAUGCGCGGACGAGAAGAGCUACUGCUCUACUGGUACAUGAGAAAUGUCGCUAACACGAGGUGCANNGUCAUGCGUCAAAAGGUCCUCGCGAGCAACCAGGCUCAAGGAAGUGCUUCCGCCUCGUCAUAG